AUGGGCUUCGGAGAUCUCAAGACACCCGUGGGCCUGCAGCACCUCAGUGACUUCCUGGUGGACAAGAGCUACAUCAAGGGGUUUGUGCAGUCCCAGGCCGACAUCGCAGUAUUUGAAGCCAUCUCGGGCCCCCCAUCUGCCGGCCUGUACCACGCGCUCGGUUGGUAUAACCACAUCAAGUCCUAUGAGAAGCAAAAGGUGAGCUUGCCGGGAAUAAAGAAGGCUUUGGGCAAGUAUGGCCCUGCUGAUGUAGAAGAUACCACAAGAAGUGGAGCUACAGAUAGCAAGGAAGAUGAUGACAUUGAUCUCUUUGGGUCUGAGGAGGAGGAGGAAAGUGAAGAAGCAAAGAAACUAAGAGAAGAACGCCUUGCUCAGUAUGAAUCAAAGAAAUUGAAAAGACCUGCAAUUGUUGCCAAGUCUUCCACCUUACUGGAUGUAAUACCUUGGGAUGAUGAGACAGAUACGGCAAAAUUGGAGGAAUGUGUCAGGAGCAUUCAGGCAGACGGCUUGGUUUGGGGAUUUUCUAAGCUAGUUCCAGUAGCAUACGACAUCAAGAAGCUUCAGAUACAAUGUGUAGUUGAAGAUGUUAAAGUUGGGACAGAUAUGCUAGAGGAACGGAUAACUGCCUUUGAAGACUAUGUGCAAUCUAUGGACGUUGCUACCUUCAAUAAGAUCUAA